AUGGAGAUAGAGCACGUUAUAAUUAGCAGUAGUGUAGAUGGUGGCUCUGGCGCUGGGAAUGCGGAGGCAGGUUUAUCAGGUGGAGGAGGAGGAGACGAAGCAAGGUCUAUGUACUUGGUCUGGGAGGAUUUAACAGUGGUUCUGCCAAAUUUUGGCAGUGGACCUACAAGGAGAUUGCUUAAAGGGCUAAACGGGUACGCUGAGCCUGGUAAAAUCAUGGCUAUUAUGGGUCCAUCUGGGUCUGGGAAAUCCACCCUUCUUGAUGCAUUAGCAGGGAGACUCUCAGGAAAUGUUUUGAUGACCGGAAACGUUCUACUUAAUGGAAAGAAGAGGAGACUUGACUACGGUGGUGGUGCUUAUGUAACACAAGAAAAUACAUUGUUGGGCACUCUCACAGUUAGAGAGACCCUCACUUACUCGGCUCAUUUGAGGCUUCCAAGCAGCAUGGCCAAAGCAGAGAUUGAUGACAUUGUAGAGGGGACAAUCACGGAAAUGGGUCUCCAAGAGUGCAGUGAUCGGCUAAUUGGAAACUGGCAUUUAAGAGGUAUUAGUGGUGGGGAGAAGAAAAGACUAAGCAUUGCACUUGAAACCCUCAUUAGACCACAACUUCUGUUUCUUGAUGAACCUACAAGUGGCCUGGACAGUGCCGCGGCUUUCUUUGUAAUUCAAACUCUUAGAAAUAUUGCUCAUGAUGGACGAACCGUUAUCUCCUCCGUUCACCAGCCAAGUAGUGAAGUUUUCACUCUCUUUGAUGACCUUUUCUUAUUAUCUGCUGGUGAAGCAGUUUAUUUUGGAGAAGCAAAGAUGGCAGUAGAGUUCUUUGCAGAAGCUGGAUUCCCAUGUCCAAGUAGAAGAAACCCUUCUGAUCAUUUCUUACGUUGUAUUAAUUCGGACUUCGACCUUGUCACUGCAACUUUGAUGGGAUCUCACAGGGAAAUUCAAAAUCUAUCCGAUCCCUUGGCAAAUUUGCCAACAGCAGCGAUCAAGGCAUCUUUGGUCAAGAAGUACAUAUCCUCCGAUCAUGCAGUAAAAGCAAGAGCAAGGAUUCAAGAAAUCUUGGCAAUUAAAGGGCUUGUGAUUAACAUAAGAGGGGAAAACCAAGCAAACUGGUGGAAACAACUUUCAACACUGACAAAGAGAUCUUUCAUUAAUAUGUGGAGAGAUUUGGGGUACUAUCGGGUUAGGAUAAUCGUCUACAUCUUGCUGUCUAUUUGCGUUGGUACCAUAUUUUUAGAUGUUGGCAAAGGCUAUACAGCAAUAUUGGCCCACGGAGCUUGUGGGGGAUUUCUGUCAGGGUUUAUGACAUUCAUGUCCGUUGGAGGCUUCCCUUCCUUCAUUGAAGAACUGAAGGUUUUUUACAAGGAAAGGCUCAACGGAUAUUAUGGGGUCGCGGUGUAUACGCUAUCAAACUUUCUUUCUUCUUUUCCCUACUUGACUGUGAUGUCAUUUGGUACCUCUAGCAUUACCUACUACAUGGUGAAAUUUCGAUCUGAAUUUUCAAAUUUUCUGUAUGUCUUCAUGGCCCUUUUAAGCAGUAUAGCAACUGUAGAGAGUUGCAUGAUGACUAUAGCUUCGCUAGUCCCCAACUACCUAAUGGGAUUCGUUAUCGGAUCAGGAUAUAUUGGAAUCCUAAUGAUGACCUCUGGGUUUUUCCGAUUGCUGCCUGAUAUUCCCAAGGUCUUCUGGCGCUACCCAAUUUCUUACAUCAACUUUGGCGCAUGGGGAUUGCAGGGAGCAUACAAAAACGACAUGAUUGGGCUGGAGUUUGAUCCUUUAGUACCUGGUGGUCCAAAACUGAAAGGAGAAGAAGUUCUCACAACCGUGCUUGGUAUUAGUCUUGAUCAUUCAAAAUGGUGGGACCUAGCUGCUGUUGUGCUCAUUCUCAUAGCUUUCAGACUCCUCUUCUUUGCCGUUCUCAAGUUCAAGGAGAGAAUUCUCCCCGUGUUUCGGAAACUUUGUGCCGAGAGAACUCUAAAACAACUGAAGAAGAGACCGUCUUUCAUGAAGACUUCUUAUUCACCCUUUCCUUCAAUAAGGAACCAAACUGCUCAUUCUUUGUCUUCGCAAGAGGGUCUCAGCUCUCCAGUUCCCUACUAG